AUGGGUAAUACCCCGAGCGUUGUCCGAGACUGCCUCUUGGCGGCCGUGGGGAAUAACCCGGCACUCGUCAAUUUCCAGAAUGAUACAUUCUUCGAUCUAAACACUCCUCUCUACAAUCUGAACUACCCAGUUGUCCCGACUGCCAUUACUUAUCCAGAGAACUCCUAUCAAGUCGCUGAAAUUGUGAAAUGUGCUGCAAGAAAUGGACUAAAGGUGCAAGCCUACAGCGGUGGUCAUAGCUACGCUAACUACGGUCUCGGUGGAGAAGAUGGAGCUAUCGUUGUUCACAUGAAGAACAUGCAUCAUUUCUCCAUGGACAAGGAGACUCACGUUGCAUCUGUCGGGGCGGGUACUCACCUGGGUGAUCUCCACAUUCAUCUGUAUCACGCUGGGAAAAGAGCAGUAGCCCACGGUGCUUGCCCGCAAGUUGGCGUGGGCGGCCAUUUCACUAUUGGUGGCCUCGGUGCCAUGUCACGCGAGUGGGGUACAGCUCUCGACCACAUCGAAGCAGCCGAGGUCGUGCUCGCAAAUGGUAGCAUUGUGAUAGCUUCUCAUGAGCAGAAUCAGGAUGUUCUCUUUGCCAUCAAGGGAGCUGCGGCAAGCUUUGGAAUCGUCACUGAAUUCAAACUUCGCACGCACCCUGCGCCCAGAGAGGCUAUCCAGUAUUCAUACGCAUUCAAUCUCGGCAAAACAAGUCAGCGAGCACAGCUGUUCAAGGACUGGAAGAAGCUGGUUUCGAUUGAGAAUAUUCCCCGGCAGUUUGCCACUGAGUUAGUUCUUUUUGAAUCUGGCGCUUUGUUAUCUGGCACUUUCUUUGGCACAAAGGAAGAGUGGGAGGCGUUCGGCCUUGAAAACCAUUUCCCCAUCCACAACAGCGGCAAUGUGCUUUAUCUUACCAACUGGCUCGGAAUGUUGACAAGCCAAGCUGAGAACCUUAUCAUGCGAGCCGCAGGAGGCAUUCCGUGUAAUUUUUACGCCAAGUCCAUGUCAUUCACUGCCGAGACCAUGAUCUCCGACGACGGUGUGGAUAAGAUGCUCGAGUAUAUCGACUCCACUUCAAAGGGGACUCUGGAAUGGUUUAUCAUCUUUGACCUGGAGGGAGGCGCUGUCAAUGACCAUGCCGUGAAUGCGACAGCAUAUGCCCACCGUGAUGCGAUUAUUUGGAUGCAGUCUUACUCCGUCAACCCCGUCGGCAGAAUCACGCAGAAAAUCAAGGAUUUCCAACACGGUUUGUACGAUACCAUUGCUUCCACUCGCCCUGACGCUCGGUUUGGCGCGUAUCCGGGAUAUGUCGACCCUGAGAUGGAGAAUGCGCAGAGUGCAUACUGGGGACCUAACCUGCCCAGACUCCAGAAUAUCAAGGCUGCCAUCGACCCGACGGAUCUCUUCCACAAUCCUCAAAGUGUCCGGCUGAAUGCGCACCGUUAG